CCUCUGCAACCUGCCUUCCUUACCUCCUUCUUGCCUCUGCUGAACUGGGAGGCUGGAUAGAAGGGUAGUUCUCCCAAGCACCCCCUCACUUCUCUUCUCUUUCCCCAGCUCUGCCUCUGCAACUUGACUCUUCUCUAGGAAGAGCACUCAGCAGACCAAGAAUAUGGCCCCAGGGCUCCUGACAACCAGGGAUGAGACAUUAAUGGCCUUCAAGGAUGUGGCUGUGGCCUUCACCCAAAAGGAGUGGAAGCUACUGAGUCCUGCUCAGAGGACCCUGUAUCGGGAUGUAAUGCUGGAGAACUACAGCCAUAUGGUGUCGCUGGGAAUUGCCUUUCCUAAACCAAAACUCAUCAAACAACUGGAGCAAGGGGAUGAGCCCUGGAGAGAGGAGAGUGAAAGUCUUCUGGACCUUUGUCCAGAACCAGGAACAGAAUUCCAGCCCCAUCUCUCCUGCCCGGUGAGUUUUUCCAGUCCACAGUUCCUCCAUCAAUAUGUGCUCUGCGGUCACUCCCCUCAGAUCUUCCCAGGUUCAUCUGCAGGAAGCCACUUCCUACUAGAAGCUCCAAGCUGCUCGAGUGACAAAGCAGAAGAUGGAGAGAGAGAAGGCUCUUGCACUUUGUUUGGGAGGCUGCAGCUGAGUGGGACUUCAAGGGCAUUCUUCAGCCCAUCUCAAGGUCAGCCAGUAGACCAGGAAGGCAACAGCGGUGGAGGAAUAGAUGAGGAGAUGAUCCCUGAGGAGGCAGAUGCAAUGUUGACAGGGGCAGACAUCUCAGAAUCUGGAGCAGUCAUAUGUGAAAAAUACAGACUAGGACUUAGCACAAAGUCAAGCCUCUUUAGCCCCCAGAAGCUUCAUGUGUGCCCUGAAUGUGGCAGAAGCUUCUACCAGAGGUCAGACCUCAUCAAGCACCAGAGGACACACACAGGGGAGAAGCCCUAUAGUUGUAGGGAGUGUGGGCGAGGCUUUGGCCGGAAGUCCUCCCUCACCAUACACCAGAGGAAACACUCAGGGGAGAAGCCCUACAUGUGUAGGGAGUGUGGGCGACACUUCAGGUAUACAUCCUCCCUAACUAACCAUAAGAGGAUACACUCUGGGGAGAGACCCUUUGUAUGUCAGGAGUGCGGGCGAGGCUUUCGCCAGAAGAUUGCCCUCAUCCUGCACCAGAGGACACACUUGGAGGAGAAGCCUUUUGUGUGUCCAGAGUGUGGAAGAGGCUUUUGCCAGAAGGCAUCACUCCUCCAACACCGUAGCUCACAUUCGGCUGAGAGGCCCUUCUUGUGCCUUGAGUGUGGGCGUGGCUUCAGGCAGCAGUCGCUGCUCCUCAGUCAUCAGGUCACACACUCAGGGGAGAAGCCUUAUGUUUGUGCCGAGUGUGGGCACAGCUUUCGCCAAAAGGUCACUCUCAUCAGACACCAGAGGACACACACAGGGGAGAAGCCUUACAUGUGCUCUGAGUGUGGGCGUGGCUUUAGCCAGAAAGUCUCCCUCAUGGGCCACCAGAGGACACACACAGGGGAGAAGCCUUAUGUGUGCCCUGAGUGUGGGCGUGGUUUUGGUCAGAAGGUCACCCUCAUCAGACACCAGAGGACGCAUACUGGGGAGAAGCCUUAUCUGUGCUCUGAGUGUGGACGUACCUUUGGCUUCAAGUCACUCCUCACCAGACACCAGAGGACACAUUCAGGGGAGGAGGCUGAUGUGUACAGAGUAUGUGAGCAAAGACUUGGUCAGAAGACCCACCUCACCUCUGACCAGAGGACAUACUUAGGAGAAAAGCCAUGUGUGUGUGAUGAGUGUGGACGUGGCUUUGGCUUCAAGUCAGCCCUCAUCAGACACCAGCGGACCCAUUCAGGAGAGAAGCCAUAUGUAUGCAGGGAGUGUGGUCGUGGCUUUAGCCAGAAGUCUCACCUCCACAGACAUAAGAGGACCAAGUCUGGCCAUCACCUGCCACAAGAGCUGUUCUCUUGACGUUUCCUUUCUUUUCCCUAUGAGUGUGUAGAUGGCAGAAAUCACUAGGAAAUGUUCCACUUUCCUUAAAUUCAGUCGAGGAAAAAAGUGUUGCAUUCUUUCAGUGAUCUUAAGAUAGUUGAUUUAUGGUUUACUUCCUGCACUAGCAAUGUGUUUUAAUUUGCUAGGGCUGCCAUAACAAAAUACCACAGACGUGGUGGCUUAAAGAACAGAAGUUUGUUUUUUCAAAGUUCUUGAGACUGGAAGUCCAAGAUCAAUGUGUAGGCAGUUUGGUUUUUACUGAAGUCUCUCCCCUUGGCUUGCAGAUGAUUGCAUUCUUGCUGAGUCCUGAAUGGCCCUUUUUCUGUGUGUGUGCUUCCCUGGUAUCUCUCUUCUUCUGAGGACACCAGCCAUACUGGGUUAGGGAUCCACCCUAUGACCUCAUAAUAUUUACCUUUAAAAGUCACAUUGUAGGUUAUGGCUUCAAUGUAUGAAUUUGGGGGAACAAUUCAGUCUUAACAACUCAGCCCUCCGGACACUGCAGAUUCACUUUCUUCACAUACAAAAUACAUUCACCCCAUCUUAACAGCUGCAAACAUCUUAACCCAUUCCAGUAUCAACUCUAAAUUCAAAAUCUCACCUAAAUCUCUUCUAACUUGAGUGUGGAUGAGACCAGAGGUACGUUUCAUCCUUUGGCACAAUUCCUUUCCAGCUGUGAACCUGUGAACCAGAGAUUAUUUGCUUCCAAAAUACAAUGAUGGGAUAGGCAAAGAAUUCACAUUCCCAUUCUAAAAGUGGAAAGAAGGAUUGCUGGGUCCCAAGCAAGUUUAAAACCUUGCAAGGCAAAUUAUGUUAGUUUUUAAGCUUGAGAAUAAUCUUUGGCUGUGUCCUCUACCCUCUGGUCCCAGUGGGAUGGCAGCCCCACCUUCUGGUCUCACUGGGAUGGCAGCAGUGAUACCUGGCCCACUGAGACCAUGGAAGAACCAUACGGCUCCUCAGACUUUUAUUCUCUGGGCCUGUUUUGGAAAUGACAGACCUGCUGGUCUCUGUUUCACCUUUGGGGUCAUUCUUUGCUCUUCUUGAUGGAUAAUGUGUUUGUAGUCAGAUAGAUAGUUAACGCUAUUCUCCCUUCUUGUAGAAUCCCAGAAAUCUGACAGCCUGCCUUCAUUUUGUCCCAUCUAGGUCACCUUUAGUUCUACUGAGAUGGUUGAUUGGUUCCAAACUUACCUCUCUGUCUUUAUUUAUUUAUUUAUUUAUUUUAUUUAUUUAUUUUUGGCUGUGUUGGGUCUUCUUUGCUGCGUGCGCACUUUCUCAAGUUGCAGUGAGCGGGGGCUACUCUUCGUUGUGUUGCGCAUGCUUCUCACUGAGGUGGCUUCUCUUGUUGUAGAGCAUGGGCUCUAGGCACGUGGGCUUCAGUAAUUGUGGCAUGAGAGCUCAGUAGUGGUGGCUCACAGGCUCUAGAGUGCAAGCUCAGUAGUUGUGGCACACAGGCUUAGUUGCUCCACGGCAUGUGGGAUCUUGCUGGACCAGGGCUCAGACCCAUGUCCCCUGCAUUGGCAGGCAGAUUCUUAACCACUGCGCCACCAAGGAAGUCCCCUAAACAUUGUCUAGCCACACCACAAUAUUCUUUCCAGAACAUGCUUUCUCAUUUUUUACAACAUGGAUAGGAUGAGAACUUUCCAAAUCUCUAAAUUCUGGUUCUCAAAAUUUUGCUUAACAUUUCCUUCAAUUUAUCUCUGUACUCCCACAUUUUACUACAAGGAGGAAGGAGAAACCAGGUUGCACCUUCAACACCUUGCUUAGAAAUCUCCUCAGCUAAAUAUUUGUCACUCGUGUCACAAUUUCCACUUUCCACAAAAUACUGGAACACAAGCCAGGUUCUUUACCACUUUAUAACAAGGACUGUCUUUCCUCCAGUUUCCAGUAUCAUGUUCCUCAUUUCUAUCUGAGACUGCACCAUAAUCACUUGUAAUGUCUGUAUUCCUACCAACAGUCUGUUCGAGGCAAUCCAAGCUUUUUAUAACAAGUGCCUCAGACCUCUUCCAGCCUCUAUCUAGCACCCAUUUCCAAAGCCAUUCCAUAGUUUCAGAUAUAACUCUCAGUACCAAAACUAUUCUUUUGCUAAUGCUGCCAUAACAAAACCAGAAGCUGGAUGGCUUACGCAACAGAAAUUUAUUUUCUCAGUUCUGGAAGGUGGAAGUCCAACAUCAAGGUGUCAGCAAGGUUAUAUUCUAUUGAAGUCUCUCUUCUUGAUUUGCAGAUGGCUGCCUUCUUGCUGCAUCCUCACAUAGGCUUUCUUAUGUACAUGUGCUGGAGAGAGGGAGUGAGCUCUGGUGGCUCUUACUCUUACAAGGACACCAGCCCUAUUGGAUUAGGGCCCCAGCCUUAUGCUACCAUUUAAUCCUUUUUUGUUGUUGUUGAUUACACCAUUUAAUCUUAAUUACCUCCUUAUAAGCCCUACAUCCAAAUACUGGGGGAUUAGGGCUUCAACCUAUGACUUCUGGGGGGGAGAAUUCAGUUCAUAACACUGCCUUCUGGAUACCCCAAAUUUAUAUCUGGCCAACAACAAUGCCAUAAAGGUGUGUUCUGACCUUUGCUUUUCUUUCCCUGUGAGUGUGAAGGUGGCAGAAAUCACUAAAAAAUGUUGUGCUUUCCUGAAAUGGAAUGGAGAGGAAAAAUGUUGCUUUCUUUCAGUGUUCAUUAGUUGGUCUAUCACUUACUUUCUAAGCAGCAGUCCUUCUCUAUAUUUUAUGGCUGUUUGUUUUAAUAAACUGCUUCUUUACAAAGUUGCACACCUAGUUAUGUACCUUAUUCACUCACCUCUCAAGAGCCCCAAGGUAUUCAACCUCUUGGGAGACAUGAGAAUUCACUGUCUAUUUUGUUCUGGACUCUAGUUCUGU